UGUAUCUAUCGUCGAUUAUUUUAGGGCUGGGGCAAGCAAGCGGCGAAUUCUGUUACAUUGACUCUAGGUAUAAAUACUGUGAAUAUGGAUGUUGUUCAGAGAAAUGUUGCGAUAUGUCAACACUGGCGAUUGUUGGCGUGGCGAUAGGUGCCGUGUUGGUCGUGGUAGCUGUGGUCGGUUGUAUCGUCUGCCUUGUAUGCAUGUGUAAACAGGCAAAUGCCAACCGGAAUGCUAGCAUGGUGCAUCCAAUACAUAACAAUACAAACUCUGUCUAUGUGUCAAAUGUUCCAAACCACCCUCCACCUAGAGCAGCCCCGCCCAAUUACAACCAGUACAGCUCGUACCCGGGAAGUUCCGACACAUCGUAUGGAUUCAACGAUCCUGCCUACCCACCCGGUUACCACCCGCCGCCGGCAUACACCUACUCAAAUCCGAAGUCGGGCAAAUCCUAGUGUCGUAAAUGUUUACCAUACUAUAGAAGAACUGCAUGUGAUCAUUAGCGUACACAUUCUUUACUAAAACCCACUCUAGACAUUUUAUGCACAUAUCCGAACAAUGUGUGUUGAUCAAACAAGAUUUCUUUUAUAAAUAGAAACGCCAUUUUAAAUUAGGCAACUUUUCAGUAUAACAAAAGCGCGUUUGCAAAUUAAAACAUAAAUGUUGACACUCAAGACCAGCACUGCGUUUCAUAGACAAUUCUAAGUGUAUCAUUAGUCCUUUGACAUUUGGCCAACUUUAGUACUAUCUUAGGACCGUUUCAAUAAACACUAUUAUCUUAAGGCACAGAUAUUAGACUCCCAAAAAAGUCAACAGCACGAACUUCAAUUCUUCUAUUCUAUACAAUAAAAACCGUGUUGUUAUUAAACAAUAUUGAUAUAGGUAAUUGUUAAUAAAUACGAAAAUUAUGUAACCGCACGUUAUGUUUUAUGCUUAUUUUAAUUAGAAUUGAUGCUCGGUAAAAUGUUACAUAUAUAUGCUUAGAAAAUGAUUUACAAUUUAAAUGAAUGGAAGGAUUCAUUAGUCAGAAAAGAAGUAAGUUUUUUUAUUCACAGACGCUAACUUGAGUUAUAGUUUAAGAUAACAUGCAUGCGUCUUAAUGAUUUAAGGAUGCAAUAUUGACUUAAAUAUGAUAU